CCUAAGGCGUGUGAGUUCUUUCUGAAAGUGAAGAAGUAUACGUAGGCUCCCAACACAUGCUCGUAUACAACCACUGAUUUCAAGGCGUUAAGCGCAAUGGCUUCUUUGGAGAUAGUGUACUUUUGUUCAUACAAGCCACCUACCAUCUUGAUUAUGCUUUUGUUAACGACGAAAAUAGAGCCCGUGUUUAACCAGAAACCAGAAUGGGAAAUAGAGGUAGCACUGUUCGAGGAUGAAGAAGGUCAACACCCAGGCACUACUCAGCGGGCGAAAGAAGCAUACCUCACGGAGUUGUUCAUUUCAGUGUCAAGACGCUUGGAGCUACUUCAGCUUGGACGUUUCCAUAUCAUCAGAACAAGCCUUCGCCAGCUGUCCAAAGCGGAAAGUCAAGCACUUUUCCUUAAAUCUGGGAGGCAAGCAACCAUGAAUGACGUUUUCAAUAACUGGAAGACUCUGCUGGCCAAGCCGUUAUCAGGAGAUACACGCGGAAAAGAUAUGAUUGUUAUAUUCACAAGGCGCAGUCUUACUACUCCGAAUGGGUAUACAGCGUCUGGUUUCGCUAUAAAGGGAAGUAUGUGCACUGCAGACAACAUUGCGGUUGUGCAGGACGAUGGGAACUUCCUAGCUGUGAACAAGCUGGCUAAAAUCCUCGUGCACGCCAUGAAUGUAGACGUGGAUGGUGAAGGGGCUGCAAUACACUGCAGGAAAGACGAUGGAUUUCUCAUGGGAGACGGACAGUUCCGCCUUCCGUUGGCUUUCUCAACAUGCACAUUGUCUCUUGUGCAAAGAUCCAUACAAUCUGUGACGUGCAUGAAGAAGAGAGCCACAGGCAAGGGAUCAAAGCCUCUUCCAGCACCACUGAAAAUUUCGAGGAAGACGUACUGUAUGGCGCGGCGUUCGACGCACUGUGACGACACUGGAAUGCAGACCGUCGAACAUCAGACUCCCGAAAAAACAGAUUGUUUUGUUUUUUGCUGCAAGAAUGUAAUGGCCUUGGAGAAAUUGGUGGCACCGGAUGGUCUCUACUGUGGCAAUGAUAUUACACAAAUCAUCGAUAGGCGGUGCUUGAAUGGGAAAUGCGAACAAGUGACGUAGAUUGGAUUGUACUGCCACGUUCAAGAUGCUUCUUUUCGCCUGCGAUGACAAGGCACGUACCAAAUUAAAUAAAGACC